UCGGUGCAGUGGUCGGAGGAGCUGAUAUGCGCCACGAGGUCCGUCUGUCGCCUUCGUAAACGGAGCCUCCGGCGAGGCCCAGCGCAGAGGGAUUCGCCAUGAAGAUGACAAAGAAACGACCCCGCACGCACGAUGACCGUUUCAUUUCCAAGCGCGUUCCUCGCGACUGGGAUUUUGCGUUUUACUACGACGACAAACCUUUGCACGGUUUCGAAGAUAGCGACAUACUGACGCAGGAUGUGAAAGAAUACGUGCGCGAGAAGUAUCGCGCAGCCCUUCGCCGCGCUAUGGGGUUCCCAACCAGCAACACAGGAGUUCUGUUCCCAGCAAAGAAAGACGACCCAUCGGACGCAGCUGCGACUUGGCCUGUGAAGCAAAGGGGGAAGCCAAUGAUGACUUCACCGGACUGUGCACUUGACCUUCCGGAAUUCAAAGCUCUUUUCUAUUAUAAUCUACUGGACUGGGGAGCGACGGGAUACUUAGCUGCAGCCUUGAACUGGUCAGUGUUCCUCUGUGAUCCUAAUACAAGUAAAACGAUCCAUUUGACACACAUUGACAAUCCAGAACUGUCCCAACAUCACGGCGGACAAUUUGGUACAGCUGUCAAAUGGGACAUUGAUGGAAGGAGACUCGCGAUUGGAACAAACAAGUCAAAUGUUCAGAUCUGGGACACAGAGGAGAAAAAGUUGCAAGAAUAUACUUGGUGCACCUGUUGUUUCCGACAAGACUGUACUAUUACGUGUUUGGUUUGGAGCGUUUGUAAUAAAUACCUAGUGAGUGGAUGCUCAUCUGGUAAAUUGACAAUAAUACUGAAACCGGAUAGACGAAUGGGAGAUUUCAGAAUUGCUCAUGAUGGAAAUAUUGUCACUUUGAAGUCUUCACCAGAUGGCAAAUAUUUAGCUUCUGCUGGCAGUGACACUACUGUUCGUUUGUGGUUAUGGCCACUAUUAACUCCACAUUUUGAAAUUGUAUUUGAUUAUCCAGCCAGGGCAAUGGCAUGGCAUCCUUGGAAACCUUCCAUUUUGGCAAUUGGAGGCGGAAUAAAACAAGGAACAAUCACACUGUAUAAUGCAAAUAACUGUACAAGAAUUGCAACUAGUACACCUCAUACAAAAGGCUUUGUCUUAAGUCUUGCAUGGAGUUCCUGCACAGGAGAAUUAGUGGCAAGCUACUGGAUUAAAAAAGGCAUGUACGAUUUGCACUCGUCUAGGUCUGGAUACACUGAGAUUGUGGUGCUGUCAGAUUUAAACAAAGUGGUAGACAAAUUCAUGUUGGGUUACCAAACUCAAGUGAUGUAUCUUUUGUGGAGUCCUGAUGGGAAAAAAAUAGCCACUGCUAGUACCGAUGAAACUCUAAGAAUAUGGAAUUUCAUACACUCUGAAGGAGAUAAGGAGAUAGCAGAAGCUCAAAAAAAGAAAAAGGUUUUACCUCUUAAGAGGUUUCCACAGUCCAAGGCAUCUUUUGCCAAAUAUGUUGUUCGUUAAUAUUAAUACAACAUACUAAUACAUCUUAAUUUAUUUUUAUUUUUUAUAAAAUAUCAAAUGAAAUUUUAUUUUUGAAGCUGUGUUGUUGACAUUUACUUUUCUAGUCUUUUUCUAGUCUUAUUGUUUUGAUUGAAGAGAAUGUAGUUGAAAAAUCUGUAUACAAGGUAUAUAAUAUUUAAAUGUUAAAAAUAAUUAUGUAAAAUCAGACAUUUUUCUCUUUUAAUUUGUUGUAUAUUUAGUCUUGGUUUACGAUUUCUUCUCCUUACCCUUUUGUUCAACAAAGUUUUCAAAUUUAUUCACAAAAAAAAUAAAUGAAUAUUUUCUUAAUUGUGGGUGUAAGAAUUUUUAAAUGUGUUCAUUAUGAAACUCUUAAAUGAUGCAACAAUUAAUUAAAUUGUGAGGGACAUUAGAAUCAAAUGUUAAUGUUACCAAAACCAUAACUUUUGCUGUCUCGAACUCUGGAAAUUGUUUUGUAGCUCAAAUCCUCAGCAAAAGGCUUUCAGGAAAGAUAAUUGAAUUGUAACUGAUUACAAAGUAAAAUUGCAUGUUUAAAACAUUAAUUUCAAACUUUGCACAUCAGUCUAAUUAUUAGAAUCAUGAGUUUUUUCCAAUUCUUUCUUUUAUGGAAAUCUUAUUUUAGGGUGUGAAGACACAAAAUCAAAAUACAAUUAUGUUUGGAUAAGCUUAAAAUAAAUACAUGUUAACAUUUUAAAAAAAUUAAAUUGUUUACUAAAUACAAUUUAUUUAAUUAUGGUGACCAAGGUUUAAUGUUUAAAAACUAAGAGGUAAUAUAAUGUUUAAUGUAACACAUUACCAAUUAAAUUUCCAAAUUAUGAUUUUCAUAUUAAUAACGUAGACAUUCAAUAAGAUCUAAGUUUUGACCGUUUCUCUUCACAUAGUUAUGACAUUAAAAGGAUUUAAAUUUUAUACUAGACUCUUUAAAAAAAUUAAAAAAAAGUGUUUUUCAUCAAUUCAGUGAAGAAACUUAUACUGAGUAGUGUGCAUGAAAGGGGAGAAUAUGUAUGGGAUGAUUCUAUUUUUAGCCUGAUCUCUUUAUAUUGUUACAAUAUAAGUCUCAGAGAUUAACCAGUUCUUCUUACUGGGUGGGCUGAUGCCUGUUCACUACCAAAAACUAGAAAUUUCUUCCCAUUAGUCGGGUUAGAAGGGAACAAAAGAUCAUUGAGAAGUGGCCCCCUUUGGUACUGAAUGGAAAAUGUGCACAAGAGUAGCUAAUAGAAAAGGAAUGACGCUCCUUCUGGUGUUUUAGAAUGAAAGCUGUCAUGUAAGGGAAGAAACACUCGGACAGAAAGCUGAGUGAGUGGCCUCUGGAAGAAUGUAUGAACACACCUCCCUAGAGAAAAGAAACAACCCCAGUCUGUCCUCAAUGACAUGUUUGGUGGAAUAGACAUCCAAGAGGUUUAGAUAGUAGAAGCAGGGGCAUUCAGAAGGGGAGUAUCUGGGUCAACUUGCCACAGGCAAUGAUUUAAUUGGCCCCUUAAAAUCACAUUAAAAUCCCCCCCUCAUUGAAAGCAAAAUAAAAAUGUUAAUUCACUCCUAAUUCAAAUUGUGUAAAGGUUAUAAGUAAUUUCUCUUGCAAAGAGAGAGAAUUCUGUUUAUGAAUUAAGAAGAGGAUGAACUUUUUCUUUUUUAAAAGAGGGCCUCUGAGGAUCUUCUAUCCCAGGUCUUUUGUUUUCUCUGGGCACCACUGAGCAGUCAAUUCUGCUUGAUUAGGUAAUAGGCAAGCAGGGGGUGAAGAAAUCGUAGCACUACUAUUAUACGUGUCUCGCUUGAUAUCUCUAGUUUGUCCAAGGAACAUGGAUUCGCUUAAGUUUGAGAAAAAAAAUGUGUUUUGAACGGUUUUUCUUUGUGCUAUUCUGUAAAAUAUACUUUGUAUGUGACGUAUUGUAAAAGAAAGGAUCUUAUAAACGAAUAAAUAAAAAAUACAUAAGUAAUAGCAGCC